AUGCGUCUACUUCCAGAACAUAUGAAGAAGCCGCCGCGAUACAUCUGGGCUUGUGUUUUGUGCUCGGUGAAUGGACUUCUUUUUGGUAUGGAUACCGGCAUUAUCGGCCCAGCAACCGAUAUGAAAGUUUUCAAGGCGUCGUUUGGAGGUAGCCAGAAUGCCACGAUUCAUGGACUUAUCGUUUCGUCGAUUCUCAUCCCUGCAGCGCUGUCAUCCUUCUUUGCGGGCUAUCUUUCAGAUAGACUUGGGCGGCCGAAAGGCAUCAGCAUUGGUGUCUUUGUUUUCGGCGUUGGGGCUGCGAUCGAAGCAGGUGCUGUCAGCCUUGGAAUGUUCAUUGCCGGCAGGGUGGUUGAAGGUCUAGGGGAAGGCCUCUUCUUGGGUAAUCUGGUGGUUUUGAUUUGUGAAAUCUCACCAACAAGCACUAGAGGGCCUUUAACAACUGGACCGCAGCUAUUGAUUACCCUCGGCUUGGUUGUUGGCUUCUUCACUUGCUACGGAUCCUCCAACAUCCAGUCGUCGCUGUCCUGGCGGACCCCAUUCAUUCUUCUGUCGUCACUUUCUAUGAUCCUUUGCGCUAGCACUUUCUUCUUUCUACCCGAGUCUCCUCGGUGGCUGACACUACAUGGUCGCCAUAAAGAGGCCGCUGAGACUUGGGACAAGUUAGAAGUGAGCCAAGCUGAGCGUGAAAAGGUUGAGCUACAGUCAGAGACGACAGAAGUUGUAGUACCUGUUGCAACUGUCAAAGAGAAGGCCGUUCAUAAACUCCUUGACAUAUUCUCCAAGGACGUUCGUACCCGGACGGCUCUUGCUGUCUUUUUAAUGGGUAUGCAGCAGUUAAGUGGAAUUGACGGCGUUCUCUACUACGCUCCAUUGUUAUUCCAACAGGCUGGACUUGCUUCAUCAGAGGCGAGCUUUUUCGCAUCCGGUGUUUCAGCACUCGUGAUUUUUGCGGCCACUAUUCCCGGUCUGAUUUAUGCCGAUGGCUGGGGGCGAAGGCAUAGCAUUAUCUACGGAGGCGUGGGUCUUGGAGCUAUAAUGUUCCUCAUUGGUGGACUCUACGCAGGUAACACUGUCCAUGGAACUUUCGGCGCUGGUCGCUGGGUUGUUAUUGUUUGCAUUUACAUCUUUGCCAUCAUCUACAGCUUGACCUGGGCAGUCGCCGUCAAGGUAUAUAGCGCGGAGAUCCAGCCCCAAAGAACUCGGGCAUCUGCUACCACCUUGGCACACUCUAGCAACUGGCUCUUCAACUUCUUAGUUGCUUUGACGACCCCUAUCUUGUUGUCAAAGAGCAGCUUCGGUGCAUAUUUUCUGUUCGGUGGUUGCUCUCUCUUGACUUCAUUUGUGGGUGCGCUAUUUAUGCACGAGACGAAAGGUCGAUCCUUGGGCGAAAUCGAGGAAGCUUUCAAACAUAAGGCGACUGGUGGCAAGAAUAUUCUCAGCGCGCUGCGACGACCAAUGAUGAAAUCCGCGGUUUGA